AAACUGUACUUUUUUUUGAGCACUUGGCAGCAUGAGUGAAAAGUAGGGGGUGGUGAAGCAGGAAUAUUCGGUCAAUGAGUGAAAAGUAGGGGGUGGUGAAGCAGGGAUAUUCGGUCAAUCCUGUCCCCACCCCCUUCUACGAUUGGAGGGAAAAAGGGACCUUUUUCCAUGUUUGUUUAGAUGUUGUUGUGGAUAGACUGAGAGCCAACUUUAACUUUACUGCUAAAAAAAGCCUUAUUAUCCUCGCCAACUAACAUAAGCAGCUGUUGCGUACGUAUUACUAUUACAACAUGCCUGGAACUCUCAAACUCAAUACUGUUGCCUCUGUUUAUUAUUAUUCUCACAAGCCUUACAACUGGGUCCGCUCUUUUACCUCCGUCACCGGCACCUCUAACUCCUCCAUCGCCGCUGCCCUAAGUGUGUCCACUCACACGCGCCGCUAUUGGUGGGGAACAUCUAUUCCAGUGUCCGGUGAUUCCCGUCGCCGUCGGAAAUUCGUAGGGCUUUUAGGUCAGGGAUAUGCUGUGAGAAGUAUUUCUACUAUUCAGAUGGGCCCCACACCUGAUAACAAGGAGGAGGAUUUCCGCCGUGAAAAAGUAUCUCUACCGCAAUCGCCAUCGUCCAAGUCUGAAAAGUUGCUCACAUUGCCCACGAUUUUAACAAUUGGCCGCGUGGCUGCUGUUCCGCUUCUUGUAACAACUUUCUAUGUUGAUAGCUGGUGGGGGCCAACUGCUACAACGGCUAUAUUUAUUGCAGCAGCACUAACUGACUGGCUUGAUGGAUACCUUGCUCGCAAGAUGAACUUAGGAACUACCUUUGGUGCAUUUUUAGAUCCGGUGGCAGACAAGCUAAUGGUUGCUGCUACCUUGGUCUUGUUGUGCACCAAACCUUUGGAGUCCAGUGUGUUUGGGCAGUUGCCAUGGCUAUUAACUGUCCCUUCGAUUGCGAUAAUAGGCAGGGAGAUAACUAUGUCUGCAGUUCGAGAAUGGGCAUCUUAUCAGGGUGGUAAACUUUCAGAGGCUGUAGCUGUGAAUAACCUGGGGAAGUGGAAAACAGCUACUCAGAUGAUUGCCUUGACCAUCCUCCUGUUAACCAGAGAUAGCAGUUUAUCUGGGGCUGGCACCCUUGUGGCUUCCGGUGUGAUCUUGCUAUAUAUAUCAGCGUGGCUUGCUGUAUGGUCUCUGGUUGUUUAUAUGAGAAAGAUACGGAAAGUAUUAUUGAUGUAGGAAUCCUUCUCAUCAACUACAUAUUGGCUCAUGCUUCUUGCUGUUGAGUGGUGGAUCAUCCACAAGCUAUACAUACUGAUGACUAGAGCAAGGGAAAGCUGUCUUUCUGAUGUAUGCUGUGUUCAAUUUUUGGUUUUCCUCUACAUUCUUUGAUUUGAUUCUUUAGCCGAGAGAUAAUGAAGUCCUUCAACUGGAAUUAGGAUCAUUGAACAUGGGAUAUCUGACAUGUAAUCUGGAUUCUAGGUGGAAAAUUCAUAGUAUUAUGCAGUAAAGCACUUAUCAUUGUAUUUGGCUGGGUUGUACAAACUUUUAUGAUUUUAGCUUUAGCCUUGAAAAUUUGGUAAGCGACAGUAAAAUUUGUUUAACUACAUGACGUAAUAUUAUCCGCCACAAGGUAUUCCGUAACGAAAUAAAUAGUUUGGGUGUUAUAUCUU